AAUGGGGCGCGCCAGAUUUGGUGGUCACCAAAUUUCAAAGAUCGGUCAGAAUGAGCACAUACCUUGUUUGUUUUGUUGUGUGUGAUUUCCCGCACACAAGUAUAAGUUCGGGCAGUGGAUUACCGAUCCGUGUUUUCUCGGCACCAGACAGACUGGAACAAACCGAAUACGCUCUUGGAGUCGCCCAACACGCACUGGAGAAAUUCACGAAUUUAUUUCACAUCGGCUACCCUUUGCCUAAACUAGAUCUCAUUGGAAUUCCCGAAUAUGAAUCCGGAGCUACGGAACAUUGGGGGCUGAUCACUUUCCGGGAAUCCACACUUUUGUAUAACUCCAACUCGACAGCACUCGCUUACCAAGAGCAUGUUGCCCAGGCCAUCACACAUGAGAUAUCUCACCAGUGGUUCGGUAACCUGGUCACCAUGGACUGGUGGAAUGACCUCUGGCUGAAUGAAGGAAUGGCCAGUUUCCUGGAGUAUGAGGGGGUCCUUGACCUUGAGCCCGACUGGGAUAGUAUGACCCAGUUUCUGGCCACCAACGUGUUUAAAGUGAUGAAACAAGACAGCGAGCUGGCGUCCCAUCCCAUUGUUGCAAAUAUCGUUGAACCCAACGAAAUCUCGUCUGUGUUUGAUGACAUCUCGUACUCCAAGGGAUCUUCAGUUACCCGGAUGUUGAAGGCUAUAAUAGGACAUGAUAAUUUCUACUCCGGUAUUUCGAAAUAUUUGAACAAGUUUCAAUUCAGCAAUGCUAAAACGGAUGACCUGUGGCAGUGUCUAUCUGAAGCAGACGGCAGCCAUAAUGUCAAACAUCUGAUGGAAACCUGGAUCAUGCAAGAUGGCUUCCCCUACAUCAACAUCACCGCCCAGCACACGGACCAAGGACAGACAAUCCUGCAUGCCCAACAAGCCAGAUUUUUGGCCAACCCUGAGUCAACUGCCGACCCUCGCAACUCUCCAUUCGGCUACAGGUGGGUGGUGUCGUUGGACUACAGGACGUGCAGUGGUGCCAAUGGGACGCUCUACAUGGAUUUACAGGACGCAAAUAUGACCAUAACGAACGCCCGUGACUGUUGGAUUAAAUUUAACGUGGACAACGGGGGCUACUACAUCGUUCUCUACCCUGAUGAGAUGUGGUCCAGCUUUGCUCAACACUUGACCACCACACCCAACACGGAGUGGCGCCUCACUCCAUCUGACCGAGCUGGACUUCUGCAUGACGCCUUCGCCCUAGCAGGAAGCGGGAAACUCUCCUAUGAAAUUCCCCUGGAUAUGCUUAGUUACCUGCAGUAUGAGACGCAUUACGUCCCCUGGUCGGUUGCUAUGGUAAAGGGGGCCAGCUAUGUAACAAGCAUGCUGAGAAAAGUUCCUGAAUUCUCCGUCUGGAAGAAAUUUCUUAUUAAGUUAUUAGCACCCGCUGUAGACAGACUAGGGUAUGAAGAGAAAGGCUCUAGCACCGAAAGAUUACUACGCGGGUUUGUGAUAAAUCUGGCUUGCAGCUCUGGAGAAAAAAGUGCCAUCUCUAACAUCACUACACUCUUCAGAAACUGGCUGGACUAUGGGGUCAAACCCCCAAUGAACAUCAGAAUGGCUGUCCAUCAGUACGGCAUGCGUAACGCGGGCUCAGACGACGACUGGGAAAAAAUGUGGGACAUCUAUCAGCAGGAGACGUCGGCCCAAGAGCAGGAACUCCUGGCCUAUGGUUUGGGUCACGUUCGUGAUCCUUAUCUCAUUAGCAGGUUGCUGACGUACGCUAGAGAUGAGGUCGGCAUUAAAAGACAAGAUUUCUUCAGCAUCGUCCAAAUCGUGGGCCUAAACAGCGCAGCCACGGACAUUUUGUGGGAGUGGACACGGGAGAAUUAUCAACUUUUUACUGACAGGUUUACUGUUAUGGACAGCUACUUUGCACAAAUGAUCUACGAAAUGGUCAAGAACUACAACUCGGAGUUUAAGCUGAGAGAGGUGAAAGAUUUUUUCGACAAAUACCCGGACGCAGGAGCCGGUGAAAGAUAUCGAAAAUUGGCCAUUGAAAGUAUUGAGCGAAAUAUUUAUUGGAUGAAGCAUUUCAAACCCGUUGUCAUUGACUGGCUAAGAAAACAACACUUCUAGUAGCCUUCAAACUUUAUUUUCGGUUUAUAGUUGAAAGAAUUAUUAUAUUAAAUUUGUUUGGUUUACUAAAUCUUAUUUCGCAAUUGUUUUUACUAGAUUCUAAAUGCCUAUGAUCAUA